UGCAACUUCACCUCGCUCCAGGGCUUCCGAGUGUCUCAACAAUGUGAUCUGCCAACGUCGUCCAUGGACCUCACUGUAGUUAUCGGUCCACGUGGCUCACCACAAUCGCAAGACUUGCCGUUCUAACCGCCCAGGCCUGCACCACGUCGCUAUCAUGGCGAGUCAAUGGGUCGGACAGCCACGCAUCAAGGGCUUCUCCGAGACGAUGCGCAUGGUGUUGUUGACCAGUAGUAUCAUUGGCAUCGAGUUCGCCUGGGGUACUGAGAUGACCUACUGCAACCCAUACCUCCUCUCUCUCGGCAUGCCGAAGAGCAAGCUCUCCCUCGUCUGGAUCGCCGGUCCCCUUUCCGGCCUCGUCAUGCAGCCCAUCAUCGGCACGCUGAGCGACAAGAGCACGAGCAAGUACGGCCGCAGACGACCAUACAUGAUGGCUGGAUCUCUCGCGGUGGCGACUUGCUACCUCAUCCUGGGCUGGUCAAAAGAGCUGGGCGGCUGGUUCUCACAAGACGCUGAACUUAAACGACAGUAUGCCAUCAUCGUCGCGGUGGUGGACAUCUACAUCCUCGAUUUCCUAAUCAACAUCGCCAUGUCCGCAUGUCGCGCGCUGGUCGUCGACACGCUCCCCAUUUCAAAGCAGCAGCUCGGCGCUGCGUGGAUUAGUCGGAUGAUUGGCAUCGGUCGUUUGAUGGUGUAUGCUUUCGGCGCAGUGGACUUGAACGCCGUGAUGGGAAACACCCUGGGAGACACGCAAUUCAAGAAAGAGUGCGUCAUUGCAGCUCUCGCGAUGACUUUGGCCCAGGGGUUGACCUGUUGGGCUGUGGAGGAACGAGUUCUGGUGGCAAGUCGGGGCAGCAGCGGCACGGGACAGAGCAUCAGCGGUGUCGUGCUGCAGAUCUACGACGCCUUCCUGCACGUCCCCGAGCGCAUCCAGGCCAUCUGCUGGGUGAACUUCUGGGCUUACAUCGGCUGGUUUCCUUUUCUCUUCUACAGCUCGACGUGGGUGGGCGAGAUCUACCUGCACCACGAAGCGGGCGGGGGUGACACGACCAAGACGGCGCUCGACAAAGUGGGCCAGCAGGGCAGCCGGGCGUUGAUCGUGUAUUCCAUCGUGGGCACGGCAUCGUCCAUUGUCCUGCCCUGGCUGAUCCAGAGUCCGGAGGACGAGGAGAAGGCCGGGUACACCAGCCGUCCGCCGCGCUUCCUCGAGGGCAUACUCAAGCGCAUCAAGCUCCGGAAGCCCACGCUUCUGACGUCGUGGGCACUGUCGAACCUGGUCUUUGCCAGCGCGAUGAUCUUUGCGCCGCUGGUGCAAACGGUGGCGUUUGCCACGGUGCUCAUGGCGAUUUGCGGGGUGUCGAGCGCGUUUGUCGCGUUCGCGCCCGUCACCUUUCUGGGGGUGGAGGUCAAUCGGCUGAGCAGCGCGAUGCCGACGGGGCACAGUCGGAGCCCGUCACAUCGGAAGUCGAUGGACUCGAUGGAGCUCGGCGAUUCCCCCACCAUCCUCCACCUGCGCUCGGACUCGGAGACGUCGGUCGUCACCUCGACCGGCGAGCUGUCGGGCAUCUAUCUCGGCAUCCUCAACAUCUACACCACGCUGCCGCAAUUCGUGGGCACGGCGAUCAGCUGGAUCGUCUUCUCCAUCCUGGAUCCGGGCAAGAGUGCUGCGCUCACGGAAGUGCCGGGUGCGGCGCAAGGCCAGGGCGGCGAGAGUGGCGUGUCGGCGAUUGGCGUGUGUUUGUUUGUGGGCGCCUUGAGUGCCGUAGGCGCCGCGUGGGCCACCCGACGGCUGCGAAGGAGUCAAAGGGGGUGAAGAGACGAGUCUUGUGUGUACGAUUACGAUGACCAGCACGGGGCGGGGCAUGGAUCAGGCCGCCAUGAAUUCCAUCAUAUUGUUCAAAGAGGAUGUAGCCGUUUGACAGCCAUGACAUCUGCCGGACCAUG